UUAGUUUUACGUUUUACUCAUGUUUCCGCUUCUGCUUAGAAACGCGCAUUUGACUAUAUUGUCGUGACCGUGUUGACUGUCUGAAGAACGCAUGCCUUCUAGUUAGCUUGCCACAUGAGAGAUAAAAGGGGACAACUCUACUGAUAAGGCGUUGUCUUCCUGUGCAUCGUUCUGGUUGAGCCAGGAUGUGACUAUGACGGGGAUUGUUGCUUGUAGGGCACAACUGGUCGAGGGCUAUUGUCGCCUCCAUAAUGAGUCCAACGCAGGGUGAAACCAGUUGGCAUGCGUAUGUGGAGAAGACUGCUCUCGAGGCUGCAACUGCGAGAGCCUCAAUACGUCGCAUGAAAUUCGGAAGUCUCGUCCCUUGAUAGAACCCUAGGAAAAAUCAAUUUCGUUUCAUCGAUUCGCUGGGGGACUUCAACUCCAACAAAAGGCGGUGGCUUCUCUCGGGCAGUGAUAUGAUGCGGCGAGCUUCCUCGCGGCGAACCUCCACAUCGCCAAUGCGGUGGGCAAAGAAGAUCUCCAUGGUGCCGACAUGAUGUAGGUUGCGCUAGCUAUCGUCAUAGGUGGCCAAGCUCGCUAAGGAGGCAGAGGAGACUACAAUUCGAUAAGGGUCUCGAGGCGGAGGGAGAAGAUCAGGUCGUAGUCUUGGGCGAGGGCUUGAAAGGUGUGGUGAAUUUGGCGUUUCAAGAGGAUGGCACAUCUAAGGAUUGGGAGCACCGAUGGCAGGCCUAGGGGAAUUUUCUGGCAAAGGAGACGACUGGAGGUUAUGGAUUUUAGCACUAGCGCGCUGAUUUCACAGCUGGAAGCGCGAUUGAAUUAUCUCAAGGGCGAGGAAUUGGGACGUUCUGCAGGUUUGCAGCAGUCUCUACAUUUUUCCCAAGAUAAGGAGGGUAAGAUGAAAGCUCGAUUGUCUCUUCAAAUUGAAGAAAAUAUGGUGAGGAAUAGCUAAUAUCCUUGCUUGCCACUUUAUUGCAAAAAGAUGAUUUUUUUUUACGUGAAGUCCAGGAUGGAUGUUGAUUGGUUAUGAUUAUAGUGGCAAGAAUAAAAGCUGAUUCAUGGCUUUCAGAGGGAAUAUCGUCCCGCCACCCCUACUGCAAGGUUGAAGUCCCCUAGUAAGAUGAAAUAAUGAAAACUCCCCUGGUGCGUACAUGAAUGAUAGUAAAGGACAAUGGAAAAUUCAAGUGAAGAAGACCUUGAUGAAGAUGAAAACAACAAGCUUCUAGUAAGUGUGAGGAGUAACAAGGAGGAUGGAAGAUGGUUGCUCUCCAAUCACUAUGAAUUGCUCAGCAGCAAUGAGGAUAUGCAGCUCUGCUCCAAGACAGGAAGAAGAAAUGAAGAAGAAGAAGAAGAAGGAAGGAAGAGCAGAGCAAAAUGACAUCGCUAAGGGAAAGCAUUGAAUUAAACGGUGCACUUCAGCAACGGAAAGCCUUUUCGAUUUAACUGUAUAGCUUUACACGUGUUAGAUUGUAAAUGGUAGAAUUUAACAGUUAGUUGUAGUUAGCCGUUAGAAUACAGUGAUUAGUGAAAC